UUACCUACCUACAUAGGUACCUACAUACCUCCUGGUAGUAAAGCUUGGAGCUUGCUCAACUUCUAAACUUCCCAUCUACAUCUUUAUACACAACCAACCACAAUACAUGCCACCAUGCCUCCUCGACAUCAGACUCUCCCGCCAGCGCAGACCUCCUCAGCGCGCGCCGCCCUACAGUCCUUCUACUGCGAGCUCUGUUCUAAAGGUUACUCGCGCAUGAACGACUAUGAAGCUCACCUGGGGAGUUAUGACCAUAGCCACCGUCAGCGCAUGAAAGAUAUGAAGCAGAUGGUUAAGGAUCCGACGGCGGGGGCACGCGCGAGAAAAGCCGAAGCUAAAGCAGACGGUCUCAUCAGCAUCAAGCUCGGCGGCGAUUCUAAUCCGAUCGGAACUGGCGGUAGCGGUGGCGGCGGUGGUGGAUUUAAGAAGGGAGGCUUCAAAAAGUCUGGUUUUAAGAGCGCCUUCACGCCUAUCGGUGGAACGGCGGACGACGAGAAUAUCAAGACAAAAGAACCGGAUACGAAUAUGAGUGCCAAUAAAGACGAGAAAGCUAUACCAAAAGAUUUAAGUGCCGAAAGCGAUACGGAAGACGAAGGAUACGAGGUUUAUGAUCCACGGCUCCCUACGGAUUGACGCGCUGCCAGGCAGAUUGAUACUUAGAUUGAUAUUUAGAAUGAGGUAUAGCAUCGCUACUGGCAUCUACAGCGACGGAGGGUUAUUGAAGUCGUAGGACCCGAGAUCUACGCGGGACUCGGAUCAAAACCCAGCUAUGGCACGCCGCGUUAUUGCAGGCAGCCACACGAAUCCGUCUGAGUAGCUCAGAUGCAGCAGAAAUACCGAUAAAGCCUCCUUAGGUACCAUAGGCUUGAGGCUCCAAGGUGAUUAGGCAAGCCGCAGCGUAAUAUUCAGAUUCGCGGUAGGUAUUAGAUUUAAGCUACGCGCGUGUGUGUACAUAUAUUUUAUUGGGCACUAUUAAAUGCCUUGUCUACCUCCCAAAGGACUUUAUGCCUACUGCUCUCCGCCAUGCUGAACACCUACCAAUGGUAUCCAAGUCAAUAUAUCUCAGAUCGCAAUUUUUCCUUGCCUCGCUCCUCCAGGGACCGAUGGUAAUGAAAACAUGCAAAGUCUCGAAAAGAGAUGAGGUUCCAAAAAUUCCCAACCCGGCCGAAGCCAAGAUGGAGUGGUCAGUAAAUAGUUUUCAACUAGCAAAAACACGCACUCGGAUUGCUCCUCACUGUGACGCGUAAAGCCCGUGCACUAAGAUGGGGAAAAAAGAGAAGGAAAAUUUCAAAAGCAGCAGGAGGGACAGAAUU